AUGUUUUGGACGGAGCCUACCCAGCUCGCUAUCCAGAAGAGCAACAGCGACGUCACUACUGCCUGCCUGAAAUCGCGCCGUGUCGUUAUAUUUAUUCAAAGUCGUGAUAGCUGGCCUUCGAAGGGAGAGGAAUAUCAUCACUCGCAUGAUCAUACACCCAUUUCUUAUGCGAAAGGAGGUAUGGCUAACUUUGACAACACAAGACAAAGAAUAAAACAAUAUAGCAGAAUCCACAUUGCACUUGUUAAGGGUGAUACUGAAAGAAACUGUAUUACCCUCAUGGGAAGCACUGCCUUUUUACCAACCGAAGAGUUCCUUCGGUACCUUCAUGCUACAAGAAGCUGUACUGGCCUCAUAGGAAACACUGCCUUGCUUUCAACUGGAAAGCUCCUACAAUACCCUCAUACUGAAAACCCCUAUAAAUCCCUGUGGAAAGCUGCCUUGCUACCAACCGAAGAGGUCACACAAUACAUUCAAAUUGGAAGAACCUAUCCAUCUUCCACAGGGAAAGUUUUCGUUGGGAACGAUGGCUUUCCAUUAAUCGCCAGAAAACACCCACGAAAUCGUUUUGCUGACCUGAUCAGGCUCAUCAACGUCUGGAGAAAUGAACUCUGCGGAAACCAGGAAGGAGAAAAGGAUAAUUUGCAAAGUUCUGUCUAUAGAGUUAUUGCGACGAAGAAACAUUGGUUUGCAGACAACGAAGCCCGUUGGCACGAUACGUCGACACAUGCAAAAUGCAAUAUCGACCACCGGCAAAUUGUGCGUUCCUACCGAACUCCAGCAUUGCAGAGCAAUCAUCGAAGGAAUCGAAUAUGCAUCAAUCUUUGCGCAGUACCCGGACUGAUCGUUUCGUCGUAUGCAUUGUCGAGAUACAUCGUACAGGCCUCAUUACCAACGAUGAAGGGGACGAUAUUGCAUCGCAAUCUCACAGGGUUCCCAAGUAUCGAUCAUCCAAGCUCCACAACUUUUGUUUACGUGGUCCUCAUGUACGGCAUAUGCUCUAUGUCAAUGUACAGAGCGAAUUCACAUCACUCCUAUCAACAGUAUACGAUCUUUCUUUUCAUCAUCUGUGUUGUUGUAUUUCAACUUUUUCGAUAUCCGAGUCUGAGUGAAGCUUUGGGUAUGGCGGCGGCUGUAAUACCUGCUGGUGUCACAAUCGCACUGGUUGUAAGCGUGGUGUUACACUUCUGGUCUCCUAGCUACGAGGAGGUCGUAUUUCAGGACUUGAUCAAGAAGGUCGAGAAGAUAGUUCGUGAAGGAGAGAUGAAUUUGCACGAACAAGAUUUUGGAACGGGAUAUAAGCACAAUGAGCUACUAUCUCCUCUGAUUAGUAUCUCGAGCUUCUAG